UUUUGAAACUUAUAAUUAGCUACGUUGGCGAACCUGACGUCACGUGACCCAAAGUGUAAUGACUGGCACAAUACGUUAUAUUUCGGCUAUUUUCUUGAAUUAGUGUUUUUAGUGAAUUACACUCAGUAUUUAGCAGCGGUUUAACUUAAAGUUUUUACGAUGGGUGAUACGAAAGAAGAAAACCCGAAAAAAGAAGAAAAACCCACCGAAGAAGAUAAAAAUGAGCUGUCCGAAGAAGACAAGCAACUGCAGGAGGAAUUGAAUUUGUGCGUCGAGACUUUACAGGAAAAUGACGAGAAUCUGUACCUCCCAGCGCUCCAGGCCCUCGGUAACCACAUCCGGGCCUCCACCACAUCCAUGACCUCGGUCCCCAAACCCCUCAAAUUUAUGAAACCCCACUACGGCACCAUGAAAAACGUCUACGAGAAAAUCCGUGACCCUAACGUGAAAAGCGUUUGUGCUGACGUUAUCUCCGUCCUGGCCAUGACAAUGGGCGAAGGGCGCGAGUGUCUCAAAUACCGCCUCUCGUCGAAGCUGGACGGUAUCGGCGAAUGGGGGCACGAAUACGUGCGUCAUCUCGCUGGGGAAAUCGCCGCAGAAUGGGCAGAGACCGACGUUUGCGAGGACAAAGACAAGGACGUUUUGAUCGAGUUGGCCAAACAGAUCGUCCCGUACAACAUGUCGCACAAUGCAGAGGCCGAGGCCUGCGAUUUGUUGAUGGAAAUUGAGAGACUAGACUUGUUGGAGGUCUACGUUGACGAAAAUACUUAUCCGAGGGUUUGCUUGUAUUUGAUCAGUUGUGUCCCGUAUGUUGCCGAUCCUGAGAACACGACUUUGCUACAAACGGCGCUGCUUUUGUUCCGCAACUUCGAACAGUAUCCGCAAGCUCUGAGACUCGCAAUGCAACUCAACGAUCACAAUUUAAUCGAAGAAAUUUUCACGUCAUGUCCUGACUCUACGGUUCAGAAACAACUAGCUUUCAUGCUCGGCCGGCAACAGAUUUACAUCGAGAUUCCCGAGAGCACACCCGAAUACGAGGAUUUGGUCGAAAUAAUGGCCAAUUGUCACUUAAACAACCACUUUUUAAAUUUGGCUCGAGAGCUCGAUAUCAUGGAGCCUAAAACACCGGAAGAUGUUUACAAAUCGCAUUUGGAAAACACACGACCUCAGUUUGGCUCAAAUCAGGUCGAUUCAGCCCGACAGAAUCUCGCCGCUAGUUUCGUCAAUGGUUUCGUCAACGCUGCCUUCGGCCAAGAUAAACUCCUAAUGGAAGAUGGAAAUAAGUGGUUGUACAAGAACAAAGAGCACGGCAUGUUGAGCGCCACCGCGUCCCUUGGGUUGGUGCUACUGUGGGACGUGGACGGGGGGUUAACCCCCAUUGACAAGUACUUGUACUCGUCUGAGGACCACAUUAAAUCCGGGGCUUUACUCGCUUGUGGGAUUGUUAAUUGUGGGGUUCGGAAUGAGUGUGAUCCUGCAUUAGCACUAUUAUCGGACUAUGUACUACAUAACACUAAUACCAUGAGGAUUGGGGCUAUAGUGGGGCUUGGGUUAGCAUAUGUGGGCUCAAACCGCGAGGCUGUUUUGAGUCUGCUAACCCCAGUUUUCUCCGACUCGAAAUCCAACAUGGAGGUUAUAGGCAUGGCGGCUUUGGCAUGCGGUAUGAUCGCUGUAGGUUCAGGCAAUAGUCAAAUAACCACAGCUAUAAUGCAAACACUGAUGGAGAAGUCGGAGGCCGAUUUGAAAGACACCUACGCUAGGUUUUUGCCCCUGGGGCUCGGCCUGUGCCAUUUGGGCAAACAGGAGGGUAUUGAGACCAUAAUUGCAGCCUUGGAGGUGAUCCCAGAACCGUUCAAAUCCAUGGCUGUGACCAUGGUCGACAUCUGCGCCUAUGCCGGGACCGGAAACGUGCUCAAAGUCCAGCAUUUGCUCCACAUCUGCUCCGAGCACUACGAACCGGCCGAUAAAGACGAAAGUCGCGAUAAAAAUAAAGACAAGAGUAAGGAAAAAGAAGACAAGGAGAAAGACCUAUCGGCGAGACAAGCCGUGGCCGUGCUGGGCAUAGCCCUGAUUAGCAUGGGUGAGGACAUUGGGAGUGACAUGGCGUUCCGAACCUUCGGCCACUUGUUACGCUACUGCGAGCCCGUGAUUCGGCGCGCGGUGCCUUUGGCUCUUGGGCUUAUAUCUGUAUCAAACCCCAAACUGAGUAUUCUAGACACCUUGAGCAAAUUCUCACACGAUAGUGACGCCGAAGUCGCCCAUAACGCCAUCUUCGCGAUGGGCCUAGUCGGCGCUGGAACCAACAACGCACGGUUGGCGGCAAUGCUGCGCCAGUUGGCGCAAUUCCACGCCAAAGACCCCAACAAUCUAUUCAUGGUGCGAAUUGCACAAGGGUUGACUCAUUUAGGCAAGGGAACGUUGACGUUGAGUCCGUACCACAGCGACCGACAGUUGAUGAGUCCAGUGGCCGUCGCCGGUCUGAUGGCGACACUGGUUGGUUUCCUUGAUGUGAAAAACAUCAUUCUCGGCAAAUCUCACUAUCUGUUGUACACCCUUGCCGCGGCGAUGCAGCCCCGCAUGUUGGUAACAUUUGAUGAGGAUCUUAACCCGCUUCCGGUGCCCGUGCGAGUGGGUCUUGCCGUUGAUGUUGUGGGACAGGCCGGGAAACCCAAAACUAUCACCGGGUUCCAAACGCAUACAACGCCCGUGUUGUUAGCGCACGGUGAAAGGGCAGAGUUGGCAACCGAGGAGUAUAUCGCGCUUACGCCCAUCAUGGAAGGAUUUGUGAUUCUUAGGAAAAAUCCCGAUUUUUACCCCUCUUAAAUAUUUAGCUAUUUAACAGUUUUGUCUAUGUUUUGUAUCCAGUUCAUUUAAGUUAAUAAAAAAUUAUGUUCUA